GAGCCACAGACUACUGUAAUCCAUAAUCCAGUAGACGGGACUAAGGAGUCGUCUGACAGCAGCAACACCACUAUCGAAGACGAAGAUGUGAAAGCUCGCAAACAGGAGAUAAUAAAGAUCACAGAGCAGCUGAUCGAAGCUGUCAACAAUGGAGACUUUGAAGCCUACGCGAAGAUCUGUGACCCUGGUCUGACCUCGUUUGAACCUGAGGGGCUGGGAAACCUGGUGGAGGGGAUGGACUUUCAUAGAUUUUACUUUGACAAUCUGCUUUCUAAGAACAGCAAACCCAUCCACACCACCAUCCUCAACCCUCACGUGCACAUCAUCGGAGAUGACGCAGCCUGCAUCGCCUACAUUCGCCUGACACAGUUUGUGGACAGCCAGGGUCGACCUCGCUCUAGCCAAUCAGAAGAGACUAGAGUAUGGCACCGCAGGGACAGCCGGUGGCAAAACGUCCACUUCCACUGUUCAGGAGCCCCUGCUGCACCACUGCAGGGAUGAGGCAGCAGCUGGAGGUAAAUCGUAGCUGAAGAGAACUAAGUCCAUGAUCCGAAGAAGAGCCCAUCAGUGUGGAGUGAGGAGGGCAGGUGGAGGAUGUGGGAACAGGUCGUCCUCCUGCUCUCCACACGUCCACCUUGUUCCUCCCUCUCUGCUGCAGACGGUCCCACCAACACCACAUCAGCUGCACCAAGGAGACCCCGUCACCCUGAGAACCCUCCACCCCCUCCAGCCGCCCCGUCUGUGGCUCCACCCGAUCCUGUCAGCCUCCCGUGUGCUGUUCUCUUUGUUUUCCCCUCUCUGCCACUGUAAAGUUAUAUUCUCGGUGUUCUUAUGGCUGCAGUUUAUUGUUGUGCUCUUUUAAAUGUACAGUAUAUUUAUGAACAAUUUGAAUCUUUUUUUAUGAUGGGCAUGAGUCUUACCUGCAUUCCUAAUCUUACCUGUGGUUCUUUUGCACGACCAAAGCUGCUUGUGUGAACCAAUGAGUCAGAACCACCAAUCUGACCGACAGAUUUAAUGUGUUCUCCUGACCCCUCUGAUCCGAUCUGUGGCAUAAACCCUGCAGCAUGCUAAGCUAUUCUCUGUGAGCUGAACGUUACACACCUCAGUCAGACCCUGCUGUUCAUGUACCUUUACAGGUUUAUUGUAGUGAUUUACUUGCAUGAUAUCCAGAGUUAAAAAAUACUAAGUUGGAUGUUUUAUUGUGCAUUUUUCUCUUUUUUGGACUGAACUGCUGGUGAGUUUUGUUCUGUUGCCUCUGUGUUUACGUGUGAUGGGGAUCUUGAAGGCAUUUUUGACUCAGCACUGGCUUCAGAUCAGGUUAAAAAUGGCUGCUUAUUGUUUCAUAAACAAAAGAAAAACAAAA